CACUGCAGUCCAUGUGCAGGCAGUUGACUCACAAUGCCAUUAGGGACGGAAUACCAGGAUUUUGACACCAGUGAGUGAAGGAAUGGCAGCCUGAAUCAGGAUGAUUGCCCAGUGUUACGGGAUGCUGCGGACUGAAAUGCUUCAGUUUUCUUCUCGCCGAUCACCCAUUGUGUGUACAAGGGGUUCUACUGCAAGCAGCCAACCGCUAGCUACAAAUGCAGGACUUGACAUACUGAAAAAAGGCGGGAAUGCUGCAGAUGCUGCAGUUGCUAUGGCAGCAGUCCUGAAUCUUACUGAACCAUUCAGUACUGGUCUUGGUGGAGACUGCAAUUGCCUCUUCUACCAUGGUCCAACUAGGAAAGUGUAUGGACUGAAUGGAAGUGGCAGGUCACCCCGAUUAUUGACGCUUGACUUGCUAAAAGCAGAAGGCUUCGGGGAGACAAAUUCUUUGCCAUUGUGCCAUGCCAACCUUGUCACUGUGCCCGGAGCAGCUGCUGGCUGGUGUGAUACAGUUCAUCUCUUUGGAAGUAAGAAGCUGUCUUUGGGUGAAAUUCUGCAGCCUGCGAUUGAGUUGGCAGAAAGGGGCUUCCCUGUCACUGAAAUCACUGCAUUUCACUGGAAUAGAGGAGAGAACAACCUGCAGAGGCCAGGGAAUCAGCACGGGAAGGAUUUGCUGCUGCGGGGUCGGAGUCCUAAAUCUGGCCAGAUUUUCAAGAAUCCUCUCUUAGCUCAGACCUUCAAGGAACUGGCUCAGUGUGGCAUGAGAGGGUUCUAUGAAGGAAGGAUAGCGAAAGCCAUUGUGAAAACCAUCCAGAAGAAUGGUGGAGUUAUGAGUCUCGAUGAUCUAAAGGAGCACACCAGCACAGAGGUUACACCAAUCUUCACAGACUAUAAAAAUUUGAGGAUCUGGGAGCUUCCUCCAAAUGGACAGGGAAUCACAGCUCUGUUAGCCUUAAACAUGCUGGAGAACUUUAACAUCAAAGAAAUGGACCACAACAGCGCCGAUUACAUUCAUCUGCUGGCUGAGGCAAUGAAGCUCAGCUUCGCUGACAGUUUCCGGUUCUGUGCUGAUCCUGCCAGGGCCCAGGUGCCCGUGGAAGAGCUGCUUUCUAAAUGUUACAGUAAGCAGCGCUCAGAGCUCAUCAACAUGCAAAGGGCAAACAGUAGUUCGAUCCAUGGCAACCCGUAUGGAGCUGGUGGUGACACUGUUUACUUUACAGCUGUGGACGUGGAGGGAAAUGCUUGUUCUUUCAUCAACAGCAACUGUGCGAACUUUGGCACUGGACUUGUACCAGAAGGCUGUGGAUUUGCCUUACAAAACAGGGGCGUCAAUUUUUCUCUGAAUCCUGAGCACCCAAAUUGCCUGGAACCAGGGAAGCGUCCCUACCACACCAUCGUUCCUGCCCUUGCCACAUUGCCUGCCACCGGAGAACUGCUGUGUAGCUUUGGAGUCAUGGGUGGGUUCAUGCAGCCUCAAGGUCAAGUGCAGAUGAUUUUUCCUAUAGUGGUGUUCAUUGGCCUUGGAAAUGAAAACAUCUACGGUCACUGUCGGUCGAAAAUUUGUGGCAAAAGCCGUGCGCUGGUGACCACAGUUAUGGUGUCUCUGAUUGGCAUGGCUGGCGGUGGAUACUGUUUCAAUGUUUCACUUUUGGGUUUACUAAAAGGCCCAUACUGCCUCACGGAGCUGGGAUGGAUCUAUCCCUUCAACAACACCAAUGGCAGAUAUCUCACCAAUCUCACCAUCUGGAAUCAGUGCAGUGAACCGAGCCACAUUGUGGCAUGGAAUGUCACACUGUUUUCCAUUCAGCUGGCACUUAGUGGAGUUGAAAUAGCCUUGAUUACCGCUCAUGUCAUUAUCGGUUUAGCUGAAGGAGCCUUUGGAAACUGUUGCCGCAGUGAAGAGAACAAGUCCAAGGAGUGCAUUGAGGUUGACGUCAAUGUCGAAACAGUGUAUCAGAACCAUGGAGCAGUAUAAGACACAGCUGACCUGUGCCAACUGGAAGAGAGUGGGCACCUCGUUGGUGGGCCUCGUUGCUUUGGUCAUUGUCUGGAAUUGUGACUCUGAAAUUCCUUAAAUUUUUCUCCCUUCAGGCUUCCAAAGCUUGGAUGCAAUUUGGGUUUCUCACAGCUUUGCAUCAAAGUUCAGUAGAUCAGCUGCAGACAGCCUGAGGAAAUUCAGAGCUUGUGUAAUACUUUGAUUAGUUCUGACUCUUGCCCCAGUACUGAGUGUUAAAUGUACAGAUGAUGUAUGCUGUCUGUAAAUGGAGUAAUGAUGCUUGUUGGUAAAAAGUACAAACAUGGAUUCUCACCAAUGGUUUGGAACGGUUAAGAAAUAGAACCCUGAAAUGGAUUAGCAUAUUUGAUUGGAACUGUAAGUUGAAGUGAAAAUUUUAUAGCUACUUCCUAGUAUUUUCCUAAGUGCUACUCACCUAAGGCUUGAUUUAUUCUUUUUGGGUUGCCUUUUUAUUUGCAUGCAACCAUUGGUUACCAUGGUGAAAGCUGAUGGACAGUGCCAUCCAUGCUAUUGUUGCUUUGUGAUAGAGCAGGUCUCUGGGGAACUCUGCACGGUGAGAUUAUCCUAGUUAUAACAUCCUUCGGUAGCUCAGUGACAUUGGAACAGGAGUCCCAUCAUUCACUUAAUCAUGAGAUAGUCGGAACUGCAGAUGCUGGAGAAUCUGAGAUAACAAGGUGUAGAGCUGGAGGAACACAGCAGGCCAAGCAGCAUCAGAGGAGCA